AUGCAGCCAUGGACCGGCAGAGGCAGUCACUCGCUUUAUUGCGCGUUUCGCUCGCUCACUAGACCUACGGAGCGACAUUUCACAACGACCUCCCCAUUGCAACGAACGAGUCGAUCUGUCUUGAAAGCAAAGCUCAACCAGCAAGCUGCAGCCUUAGAAGCCAUCAAGGGUGGAAAGAAAAAGUCUGGCGACUCCAGAAGAGCCGAUCGCCAAACAGUCGCUCGGGCUCGCGAUUUCUUCAAUGUGGUUGAAAAAGCAUUACACGAUACUAAGGAGAGACUCCGCAGGUCAGGUCGAUUAUUGGACGGAUGGGGACGGCUUGAGCGCCAGGUGUUGAAUGCCUGCCAUGUGGAUGAAAAACUUGUGACAUCAGCGAAAUGGACUCCGUUACAAGAGUUGAAAGGCAUGUUGCAAAAAGCAUAUCUCAACAGUGGAGCUCAAGGAAUACGGGAUGAAUUGGAAUAUAUGCUGUUUGCUGAGGAUAUGACGAACAAGUACUCGACUUCCAAUCUCGAAGCGCAACGGAAAGUGGUCGACCUUCGCUUUCCCGCAGAGUGGUAUCCUGGUGCACGAUCAAUCCAACGGAAAAUCCACCUACAUGUCGGGCCCACGAAUUCGGGGAAGACAUACCACGCACUGAAGCGGUUGGAGGAAGCUAAGGCUGGAUUCUAUGCUGGACCGUUAAGAUUGCUUGCACAGGAGGUAUACCAUCGCUUCAGAGAUAAUGGUAUACCGACCAGUCUCGUUACAGGAGACGAAGUCCAAGCCCCAGAGGAUGGCAAGACACCGCGGGUGGUGAGCAAUACUGUGGAAAUGGUUAGCAUGGGACAGGCCUUCGACGUUGGAGUGAUUGAUGAGAUCCAGAUGAUUGCCGACCCCAAGCGAGGUUGGGCGUGGACGCGAGCUGUGCUUGGCUGUCAGGCUUCGGAGCUGCAUCUGUGUGGUGAGACUCGUGCGGUACCGCUGAUUCGCGAGUUGUGUGCUCUCACUGGAGAUAUUUUGGAAAUUCAUCGUUAUGAAAGGCUCAACGCUCUGGAAGUAAUGCCACAUAGCCUUGGUGGCAACUUAAAGGGACUCCAAAAGGGCGAUUGCCUGGUUGUCUUUUCCCGAGUUGGAAUUCACGCCUUGAAGGCAGAUAUUGAGAAAAUUACUGGAAGACGAGCUGCCAUUGUCUAUGGUGGUCUGCCUGCCCCAAUUCGAACCCAGCAGGCAGCACUGUUCAAUGAUCCAGAUAAUGACUAUGACUAUUUGGUGGCAAGUGAUGCGAUUGGCAUGGGGUUGAAUUUGAGUAUCAAACGUAUCAUCUUCGAGACUCUGAUUAAAAGGACUCCGGCCGGUUUGAUACGAUUAACUGUUCCAGAGAUCAAACAGAUCGGUGGGCGCGCUGGUCGAUACCGCCCCGCCGGCGCUAAGGAUAGUAGCAAAGACGGUGCCAACGUUGGUCUCGUUACUUGUCUUGAAGAAGUCGAUCUUCCAUACAUCAGAGAAGCGAUGCACACGGAGCCCCCGCCACUUAGAGGCGCUGGUAUUCUGCCGCCAGGUUUCGCUUUCGAGAAAUUUUCUUUCUACUUCCCACGAAAUGUUCCCUUCGAGUACCUGCUCAAGCGAGUGCUUGAAAUCGCCCAGAUGAACCGCCUUUUCUUCAUGUGCAACACAGAGAGUCAACAGGAAGCUUGCCAGCUCUUGGAUGGAGUGGACGGAUUGGCAGUCAUGGACCAACUUUUCCUCAUUGCCGCGCCUUUGGAAACCAGAAACUUGUCCUUGCGUGACGUUACCUUAGCGUUUGCCGAAUGCAUCGCUAGCAAUACCCAGGGGCGUUUGUUGGACAUACCUCAUCUGAACCUGGAAAUCCUAGAGCAGCCUGUGUCUGGAAACAAGGACUACAUGUACCAGCUGGAGGGCCUUCAUAAGGCUAUUAUCCUUUAUUUGUGGCUGAGCUUCCGGUUCGGUGGUGUGUUCACGGAUCGAACCCUUGCGACACAUAUUAAAACGCUUACGGAGGAGAGGCUGAUGCGAGCUUUGACCGAGUUCUCCGCCAACAAGCACUUGCGCAAAGACGCCUCUCUGAAGCGCCAGAUUGCACUGCAAAAGCAGAUCAUGAGCCAGCAAAGUUUCAUCUCUGACGAGGAGUUGGCCCACCCGGAACAUGGAAUCGAGGGCAUGCUGGAUGAAUCGCCACAGGAUUCUGACCCAGUGGAAAUGGGGAUUUUGGAGGACUCUGAAGAUUUCGUGGAGCAACAGACUCCUCGUGUAUAA